CAUCAUAGAUGUUCCACUCAUAUUACUGGUUACAUGGUUUUAAAUGAAUGCAAGGGGGCCAGCUGUAUAUCACGACCGUGCAGACGUGACUCAAAGACGGGGCUGUAUGAAGCAAAAUGUACAUUUAUCCCAAACGGAUCCCAGACUGCCAAGGAAUCCAUUAUGUUUAUGCAAAAUCUUGAUUCUGUGACUGAAUUUUGUACUGAAAAAACACACAAUAAAGUAGCUCCAAACCUACAGAACAAAAUGUGCAAUCACAGAAGCACAUGGGAUGUAAUCAUGAGCUCUGAAGAUUUUCAGCAUUUAUCUCCCAUGACAGAAAUAAAUUUACCUCAUCCUACAUUUUCAUUGCUCAAGUCCAUACAGCGUGUAGUCUGUUUGGUACUUGAUAAAUCUGGAAGCAUGAAUGCAGAAGACCGUCUCUUUCAAAUGAAUCAAGCAGCAGAACUGUACUUGAUUCAAAUUAUUGAAAAGGGAUCCUUGGUUGGGAUGGUCACAUUUGACAGUUUUGCUAAAAUCCAAAGUAAUCUCAUAAAAAUAAUAGAUGAUAACACUUACCAAAAGAUCACUGCAAACCUGCCUCAAGAAGUUGAUGGUGGCACUUCAAUUUGCAGGGAACUCAAAGCAGGAUUUCAGGCAAUUUCCCAGAGUAAUCAGAGUACUUUGGGUUCUGAAAUCAUAUUACUAACAGAUGGGGAAGAUUAUCAAAUAAGCUUAUGCUUUGAAGAGGUAAAACAAAGUGGCCCAGUCAUCCACACCAGCUCUGCUGACAAAGAACUGGAGACCCUGUCAAAUAUGACAGGAGGACAUCGUUUUUAUGCCCAUAAAGACAUAAAUGGCCUUAUUGAUGCUUUCAGUAGAAUUUCAUCUAGAAGUGGCAGCAUCUCUCAGCAGGCUCUUCAGUUGGAAAGUAAAACUUUGAAUAUCCCAGCAAAGAAAUGGAUAAAUGGUACAGUGCCUGUGGAUAGUACAGUUGGAAAUGAUACUUUCUUUGUUGUCACAUGGAUGAUAGAAAAGCCAGCAAUAAUUCUUCAAGAUCCAAAAGGAAAAAAAUAUACUACCUCAGAUUUCCAAGAAGGUAAACUAAAUAUUCGAUCUGCCCAUCUUCGAAUACCAGGUAUUGCAGAGACAGGCACUUGGACUUACAGCCUUCGGAAUAAUCAUACGAAAUCUCAAUUACUAAUUGUGACAAUGACCACUCGAGCAAGAAGCCCUACCACACUCCCAGUAAUUGCAACUGCUCACAUGAGUCAAAAUACAGCACAUUACCCUAGCCCAGUGAUUGUUUAUGCAUGAGUCAGUCAAGGGUUUCUGCCUGUUCUGGGAAUCAAUGUAACAGCCAUUAUAGAAAAUGAAGAGGGACAUCAAGUAACAUUGGAGCUCUGGGACAAUGGGGCAGGUGCUGAUUCUGUCAAGAAUGAUGGCAUCUACUCAAGGUAUUUUACAGAUUGCCAUGGAAAUGGUAGAUACGGUUUAAAAGUGCUUACCCAGGCAAGAAAAAACACAGCUAGGCUAAGUCAACAACAGAAUACAGCUCUGUACGUACCAGGCUAUGCUGAAAAUGGAAAAAUUAUACUGAACCCACCCAAACCUGAAGUCAGAGAUGAUGUGGCAGGAGCUCAAACAGACGACUUCAGCCGACUCACCUCCGGAGGGUCGUUUACUGUAUCAGGAGUGCCUCCUAAUGGUAAUCAUUCUCAAAUGUUCCCACCUGGUAAAAUUGUAGACCUCGAGGCUAAGUUUCAAGGAGAUCAUAUUCAACUUUCAUGGACUGCCCCUGGCAAGGUCCUCGAUAAAGGAAGAGCUGACAGCUACAUUAUAAGAAUAAGUAAACAUUUCCUGGACCUCCAAGAAGAUUUUGAUAAAGCUGCUUUAAUAAAUAUUUCUGGUCUGAUACCUAAGGAGCCUGGCUCAGUAGAAAAUUUUGAAUUUAAGCCAGAACCUUCUAAAAUAGAGAAUGGUAUGACGUUCUAUAUUGCAAUUCAAGCCAUCCAUGAAGCCAAUGUCACCUCAGAGGUUUCAAACAUUGCAAAAGCAACUAACUUUAUUCCUCCACAGGAACCCAGCAUUCCUCAUCUGGGCACCAAUAUUUCUGCAAUUGGUUUGGCAAUUUUUGGAUUAGCUGUAAUUUUAUCUAUAUUUUAA